CCAUCAAUUCUAUCACACGGCAGGUCGAGAUUCUGCAGCUAAAUUUCAUUACAGUUUUUCCCGCCAAAACGAUGGACAAAUGGUGACCUUACUCAGCGACCGUGCACACGUGUUGUCAUCCGUUUGCAAGGGGAUGGCAGAAAUGAUGAACGCCCAGAGUGCUAAAGAAGUCCGCGAUAUUAUGGAUGAUUCUUCUUAUCAGGACAUCAUGCGGAGAGAGUUUUCUCCAUACUGCUACCAGCUACCACGGUGUGAUCCCACCCAGAAGUAUCGGUCUUCCUGUGGUGCUUGUAACAACCUUAAGGCGCCGCUGUAUGGGAAGGCUUUCACACCCCUCCGCAGAAUUGUAGAAUCAGCCUACGAAGACGGUGUUGAGGCUCCAAGAACACGAAGCAAGUUAGGAGGUAGCUUACCAAGCGCUCGUGACGUCAGCAACGCAGUACACAGUGAGCGUGUCACUAGUGUGAAUGCUGUCAUUACACCAUUCGUAUCUACUUUUGGGCAGUUUUUAGAUCAUGAUUUUACAAGCACACCUUUAAUGGAAGAUGAAAAUGGAAAUUUCAUUGACGAUUGUUGUUCUAACCCAGAGAGAUUUGAAUGCUUUAGCAUCCCCGUAUCAACAAAUGAUGCAUACUUCACAGACCCCUCCAGGAAAUGUAUACAUGUUGUACGAUCUGACGUAGCUCCGCCUCUUGAUUGUUCAUCUGGAAUUCGUCAGCAACAAAAUCAGCGAUCUUCAUUUAUAGAUGGUACCAUGAUAUAUGGAUUCAACAGAGCCAAAGAAGAUUCAUUACGAAUUGGCGAAAUGGGUUUCCUGAAAGUGAGUGACGAAUUUCCAGAUACACAAGGACUGAUGCCAAAAAGUGAACAAGAUAACUGUAAUAUUUUGGAUGAGGAUAGAGACUCCCCAGAAACACAGCACUGUUUUGACGCUGGUGAUCACAGACACACAGAAAACCCGUUGCUUACUGUAAUUCACACAGCCUUUCUCCGUCGACACAAUCUCAUAGCCACUUUACUCAGAGAGCAUUUUGGUGUCACUGAUGACGAGAUAUUAUUCCAAGAAGCAAAACGUAUGGUCAUCGCCGAGUUACAGCACAUCACAUACAAUGAAUUCCUUCCCAUUGUUUUGAAUAAGAAUCUGAUGAGAAUAUACAAUCUGAAAAUAAGUAAACCAGCACACGAUGAUGUCUACAAUGCCUCCACUGAUCCCCGCAUCAUCAAUGCAUUUUCUACUGCUGUGUUCAGAUUUGGGCACUCCCUGAUCCGACAAGUUGUUGGAUCUGACAACGGAGAUUUUGUCUACUUGGAUCACCUCCACAAGCACUUCGACCGACCUCGCAUGGCUCUGACAGGGAAAGGGUAUGGACACGAGUACAUGAUUAACUGGAAAGCAAGAACGGGGUGUUCACAACCAGACGCUAGCAUUGUUGACGCCAUCCGUAAUAAACUGUUUCAAUCGGAAACGUCUUCACUUGGUGGUGCCACUCUAAGCUUUGACCUCAGUGCUUUGAAUAUUCAAAGAGGUCGAGAUCAUGGGCUUCCUGGAUAUAACGUGUAUAGAGAAUGGUGUGGACUUCCUCGUGUUCGCCAUUUUGGAACAUGGAAACUCGGACUUGUUGAUCAUGACGGAAAGGAAGCAGCAAAUCUUCGAGCAAUUUACAAACAUCCUGAUGACAUCGACCUCUUUUCUGGAGGUUUGUCUGAGAGGCGUAUCCCGGGCUCAUUAUUAGGCCCUACCUUUGCUUGUAUCCUUGCUUACCAGUUCCAGCAACUUAAAGUCGGAGAUAGAUACUGGUAUGAGAACCCACAUCCUAUCCAUGGUUUCACAGCAGAACAAGUGAAGGAGUUGAAAAAAGUUUCUCUUGCAAAGGUAAUAUGUUCCACAGCUGAGGAAGGUCAUCUCAUGAAAAUCCAACCCAAUCUAAUGAUCCGGGAGAACAGCAGAAAUAAAAAAAUGACAUGUAACGAGGUAUUAGGAGGAGGCCAUGAACUUGGCUAUCAUAUCGAUGUGUUCGGGACUAACUUCCCUGGCCACAGAAGACCUCAAAGACAAAUGAGAAAUAUGCAGAGACCAGCAGUUCGAAAAAUAAGACGAAUAUAUCCGUACAAUCCCACACUGCAGCAUCUUUUCAGAAAUAGACUUCAUAUUAAAAGCUUGGGCAGGAAAGUUGUUAUACCCCACAGAAGGAAAUACACAAGGCGUGUCAUACUCCGUAGGCGGAGACGUCUCAGGUUUAGACCAAUAGUCAGACGGAAAAUACUACCUAAAAGGAUUGUGAUUGGCUAAUAAUUCAAUGUUACGUAUUUUAUCAAUCAUGAAGGUAAGAGAAUCAGAGAACACAUUUGGAUCGGUUCUGGUACUUUAUAUUCCGAAAUCAGUCGUGAAACCAAAUGGAAAUUGCAAGGUAAAGACAGCAUUCCAACCUAAUUAUUAAAUAUAGAGGUUGAUUUGAUGGUGUAACAUAGGCAAAGGAAAAAUAUCAAUGUUGACACCAGUUUGUCAACUGAUUUGUUUUCUUUAAAGACACUGCAUAUCAUGGCUUUUAAAUUGGAUAUUUGUACCUGAGGUAACCUGCUAGGUCUUGAUCAAUAAUGAUUCUUAUCAUUAUAUAUAUCCGAAUUCUCUUUCAUAACUUAUGCUUCUUUGAUCAUAUAAAAUAUGCCAAUACGCAUGAAAAUGCAUCCCCACAAUGAAGGAUACCCGCUUUAUCAUGUCUACCAUGUUUUAUUUGUCCUUUUAGUCCCCAUUUCUUGUAAAUUUCCAAGCCCAUUGUAACUGUGACGAUUUUUGUUGUUUGAAUUGUAGAUUGUUGUUUUAAUUUUAAUUUCAAAUGCCUAAGACACGAAAUUUGAUUUUAUGAUUUCUGAAGCCGUAGGUCUUGCUAUAUAUUCUGAAUGUACACAAUAUUUCAGAAAGUAAAUGUGUUUGCCUAUUUUUUUGCUGAUACACUGUACCUUCGUUGCGUUUGCAAUGGGAAAUAAUUCUAGAAUGAGACUAAUAUUACCUUCCUUGUUCGGAAGAACUCCAUAUGAUAUGGAGCAAUGGAGAGAUCAAAUGCAUACAAGGGUGUUUUAAAUGAUGUGUACUGAUUACUAUAUGUUGUUAAUGAUUUUGGAUGUUAUGUACUGUGAUAUGUUGAAAUGUGACAUAAGAAUCC